CGAGCGCAGCGACACGUGGAUCAAGACGCAUGCGAGCAAAGCGCUCUCCCUGGAUGAGCAGGCGCUUCGCCGCUUGCUCUUCGACCACCCGGUCGGAAAUGCGCCGGAAUCGCACACGAAGCCCAUUCAGGGGAGGCUGUUGCAGUCGUUUCUCAAGCGGAUUGCGUUGUUGAAAAAGGGCCAGGCACGACACGCAGAUGGAACUGUAACAGUCAGUGGCACAACUGCUGGAACUGCACGUACUAGUACCUCCGACCCGAGGGGACAGAGAUCGAUUCCAGCAUCCGCCAACCUGCUGCCGGCCAAACGAAAUCUGAUCAACCUGAACUCGCGCAAUCGUCUUGCAUGCCUGCUUGGCGCGCCGCGCUUUCGGGCCUUGCUUUUCGGCGUCGACCUGGAUCGCGAGGUCGAAAAUCCGGGGUCGAUCAUAAAGAGAAUAGCGCGAGAAAGAGAGCUUAGAACGAAGAGCAAGAAACGGGGAAAGGGAAGCGGUAGACAGAAGCAAGAACCCAUGAAGAACGCAGGAGCUGGAGCUGCUGCUCCUUCCGACAGCACCGCCGCACGACAAGCACAAAAACAGCCUUAUAGUUCUGCGGCCGCACGUAAAGCUGACGCAGAGAAAAUUUUGUCAAAGCAGGACAUGGUGACUAUGCAGUUCGGGUCAGUGACUGUCGCAAUGUCAGCUGCAGACGCAAGACACUACGAAAACUGGAAUAAAGAAAAACGGCAGAAUGAAGAUCCCGUUGAGCAAGACCACGCAAAACAGGACCACGCAAAAAUAAAAAGGAAGGUGGCAGAAACACUGAACCGCACACCAGAACCGGCAGAUGAAAAACCAAAUCCUUUCGAACUUGACCCCGACAUUCCCCCUUCCGACCCGGAUUACCCGGGCAGCUUUCCGCUUGACGACGCUGAGGCGGAAAAGCACUGCCCAGCGGGUCCGGACCCCGUCACCGAGCAGCUGGAGGCACUACGGCUAUCGCGCGACGACAAGGCGCGCAACGAACUGCGCCGCGUGGAGGCCGCGCUCCGGCGGCUGGAGGGAAAUCGGAAAGACCUGCAGUUCACCACCGCCGGAUCCAAUGAGCAGUAUUCCUUCGUCUACGAGUGGUUGGUCCGCGCAAUCACGAUGGAACUGAUGCCGCAUGACAACGAUAAGAAACUGCAGGCGCAGUGGGCAUCGAUCUUGCGCCACCACGCCGUGCAGGGACAGGUCGCCUCGGGCAUUCUUGCCCUUCUCCGCUGGUGGGUGGACCCCCGGGUCUUGCAGACGCUGAUCCGCGUGGUGUUUUCUGGCUGUUGUCCGGGCGUGGUAGUAAAAUUGGAUCAAACAACAACUCCCUGGAUGACAGAUGACGAGCUGCCGAAAUUGAAAACGGAAUCAAAAAUUUUACCAACCACGAGCACAACUAGUACAACAUCGCCGAAACCUUCAGCCUCGUCGCGAGGACAACCUGCUGAGAACGCUGCAUCUUCACGAUCGUCAAUCGAUUCUUCUUCCUCCAGUGGUGCGCCUCCGACCCAAACCCUUGAUCUGAACCGGCACCGAGCGCCGAAGGUCGCGACUUUCAAGAGAAGCAAGAAAAAAAUCGUCAUUCCCGACUAUAUCGCGGAGGCGGGGGGUUUGUGGCCGCGCAUGAGCGACUACGAUCCGAACUCCUUGCAAGACAAAACGUCCAUUCAGCACAGAGUGCACGAGACUGUGAGCACAGAUUUCGCGACGGUGCCCGUGGAAGUAAGCCGAAGCUGGGGCGGCUUGCUCAUGCAGAAAGACACCUGGAGAAUUCCCUCGUCCGUGGACCAAGGAAGUAGGAAAAAUGCUGCUGCUGGGGGUUCAAACGAUCAAACCUACACCGACCAGCUGGCGAAAGCCGCCAGGACCCGCAGGCGGUACGCGGCAAUGGGAGCCGCGGCAUACACGGUUGGUCACGAUCCGACGGCGCAAAAGCCGAAAAAUUAUGUUGAUCCGUUUGCAGCCGCCGGAACUUCCCAGUUUGAGGAUGAAAUAGACGACCCAAAUGCGAUCAAGCGAGAAAUUAUUCAAAGUGCUGAACUACAUCCUUCUCUUUCGCGGGAUCAUCAAUCAAACAAGCCACAGGGGACGCAAGAAGCCGCCGCGCGAGUGCAGUCUUCAACGGUAAAACUGGAUCUCCUUCGCCUAGAUCCCAACCUGAUUGUCGACAUCCUCGUUUACGUCGUCGAGCGCGCAGUGAAGUUUCCCGUGUACGGUACGUGGACAAAAUUCUUCAUCCGUAUUUUGCGCGAAGAGCGCAAGUUUUUGAAAGAACAAAGGAAGAAGCAAGGGAAAAAUGCCACCGGUGGAACAAGCGGGCCAGCCGCACAGGACCGGUUGUCGCAGGAAAACCUGUCGCAGGACCCGGUGAAGAGGCAGAAAGCCAUCCUUGACGGCGCCUCCUCCCCUGCCAUGCAGCGGCUGCUGGAAAAGGCUCCGAAGGGACUCAACCUGGAUUUCCUCGCGUCUUUCGAUUCUGCAUUGUCCUACUCGCGCAUCGUCGCCGAAAGCACCCGGCCCGAGCAGGUGGUCCACGAGUUUUUCAAGCUGAGACAGCACUACUCCGAAGAGAUUGGACAAGAGCAACAGGAAAUACAACAUGAUUUUGCGCAUGCAGACCAACAAACUGCUAGUGGUAGUGCUUCUACUUCGCCUGCAGACCCACACCAGAAACAAGCACCAGGGCCUGUUCUUGCGAAGCUUCUCCACCAAGGCCGCGGGGACCCGAAGCACGACGACGCCCCGCCAGCGCUGAGCUUCGGCCCGACGAAAAACCGCUUGCAGCGCGUUCUACAGGGUUACUUCGACCAGGGAAAUUUAGAGCUGUUGCGCCAGGUCUUGUACCAAGAGGGAAUCUCGUUAUCCCAAAAAUCCCACUUCCAGCACGUGUGGACCCCGGUCCCGUUCCAAUUCGCCUUCCCCGACAUCGCGGUCGAAGUGCAGCAGCAGAUUACGGACUACAUUUCCGAGUUCCAGAUGGCGUUGCGCUUGGUGGCAAAGGCUUACAAAGCAAAAAUGGUGAAGAUGAUGAGCAGACGCGGUACUAUUGGUCGAGCUCCUUUCGGAACAGAAAAUAACAGAGAAAAGGGCAAUUUCAACUCAAAAAUCUCUGUCGACACGACAAUAGAAAUUGACCGACCGGAAGAUCUGAGCUCCCUGACGCAAAUUUCGUCCCGGCUAGUGGAGUACCUCGACAUUCUUUUUGAAUUCCGCAGUAGCAAAACCGACCUGCCGCGGAGCCGGGCUACCCUCUUUGUCGACUUGUCUGAUUGGAGGAAGGAGGCGCAGCGACAUAGCGAUUCGAUUGCGACUUUGCUGCCCCAGAUGGCAAAUGACAUCAGAAUUGUGGCACGUUUGCUCGGAGACAACCGGUGCAGCAGGAUACUGAAUGACUCACGAGAUGAACCAGUCACGACCUCUAGCGCGACGACGAAUCACGUCCCCUGCGCCCCGCAACAUCUGGUGGACGCGUUGUCAAUGCGGUUACUCUCCCGGCCGCUGCGGCUCACCGCGUCCGAUCUCUGGCACGUGUGGCAGGAAGCGAUUGAGGUGGUUUUCGCCUACGAGCAGCAGAUGCUACGCCCGUUGCAGCGAAUUGUGCACUUGAGUCCGUGGGCACUGCACACCUUGGAGUGGACGUAUUAUGCCAUUUUUUUUUCACUGAUUUGCGCUGUCGCUUGCAACUACUGACAAGCAGUUUGACGACUUGCCUAUUCGUUCUGAUGCAAUUUCGCACUACGACUACAGAUUCUUCACCGCAGUUGCGGGCUCUACAUUCAUGUUUGCCAUCGGCGAGCCCGUCACCCUGACGACGUCUGUUUGCAACCAACCGAGCAGCAAAAAACCGGUCAAAUGUAUUGCUGCGGGGAAGCAGGGGACGGUGCAGGAAGUGACUCGCGGACCCGGCUCGAUCUUCAAUAAAGGACGAGAUUCUGCUAGUGAACAAAAUGUGCUCGAACAGAAAGCAACUGCCGCAGCCGCGAUUCGCACUGACACCCGCAGGCCCUGUGUGGACGAUUCCCAUUCCGGGUUGGAAGUGACAGUUCAAUUCGGAAACCACGCCUUCGUUGUGUCCCCCCGAGAAAUUGUGUCCACUGUGGUUCCGAUGCAAACCGAGGAUAGUGCUGGGGAUGGCACGAACAAAAGCUUGAAACAGAUGCGCAAAGUCUUGAAAACAAUCGUCAGGUAAGUGGCAAGUAAGAUUUUUUGCCGCUCCAUUUUCUCUUUCACGUUGCACGACUACUAUGAAUGUCCUUAACAGGCCGCGCAUGCCCGUACAAUCUUCGCUUUUCAAAUGAUACACAGGCAGCACGGCCUGGACCGGAUAAGCGACGACUCUAGCCUGAGCCUCUCCGACCUGCGGCAGCUUUUUUCCCCCAAGCUGAUUGACGAAACACGAGUGCGGCUGCGAGAGUUGGUGACCGAGAGAACGCCCGACGUGCUGGCUUUGACCGACAAGCGAGAAAUCAUGGACCUCGUCAUGCAUCAGGGCGGUCUCCGCGAAACCCUGAGACUCAUAGGCAUAGAAACAGACACUAUUGAUGAGGACAAAAACAUAGCGCGACAUAGGUUUAUCGAGGAACGGUGGGACUAGAGGCGAUGAAAGAAACACUAAAAACGAAUUAACUACACAUGCAAAAUAAGUAACCCCACGAAGACAUGCUGUAACACGAAAAUAUACGGC